GCAGGACUGAAUAUCAAGCAUGUUCAGAAACUCGCAUCCGAAAGGAAUCCCCUCAAGCGUGCAGCAUUCAUCCGUCGUAUCAGUCAAUAUCCAGCACACUAUUUGAUCACUCUCGAUGAAGUUUCAAAGGACAAUAGGACAUAUGCACACAUGUGGGGUCGGGCUUGUCGUGGUGAGCGUGUGGAGAAGCACCACCCAUUUGUUCGGAAGGAACAAUUCUCAGUGCUUGGGGCUAUGGCAUUGGACGAGGGUUUUAUUGCAACACAAGUUGUUGAAGGGAGCUUCACAUGUGAACUUUUUUUACAGUUUUUGCAUGAUGAUUUGGUG